GAAAAAGUUGAUGAAUUGUGAAAUUGUUCAGGAAUCCAGCCUGACGGUCAGAUGCCCAGUGAUAAGACAGCUGGGGCAGGAGAUGAUAGUUUCAGUACUUUCUUCUCAGAAACUGGAGCCGGCAAACAUGUUCCAAGAGCUGUUUUCGUUGAUCUUGAACCAACUGUAGUUGAUGAAGUAAGAGUUGGAACUUAUCGACAACUUUUCCACCCAGAACAACUUAUUACAGGUAAAGAGGACGCAGCCAACAACUACGCCAGGGGUCACUAUACUAUCGGCAAGGAGAUCGUUGACCUGGUCCUGGACCGGAUUAGGAAGUUGGCGGAUUCCUGUACAGGUCUUCAGGGAUUUUUGAUCUUCCACUCAUUUGGAGGAGGAACUGGGUCCGGAUUCACCUCACUACUCAUGGAGAGAUUGUCUGUUGAUUACGGGAAGAAAUCUAAACUAGAAUUCUCUAUCUACCCCGCACCUCAGGUUGCGACUGCUGUAGUGGAACCCUACAAUUCUAUCCUGACGACCCACACCACCCUCGAGCACUCCGACUGCGCAUUCAUGGUCGAUAAUGAGGCAAUCUAUGACAUCUGCCGUCGAAAUCUUGAUAUUGACAGACCCACGUACACAAACCUUAACAGGUUGAUCGGUCAGAUCGUGUCCAGUAUCACCGCAUCAUUGAGGUUCGACGGAGCUCUUAACGUUGAUCUUACCGAGUUCCAGACCAAUCUGGUUCCUUACCCCAGGAUUCACUUCCCCCUGGUAACCUACGCCCCUGUAAUCUCUGCUGAGAAGGCUUAUCACGAGCAGUUGAGUGUCGGAGAGAUCACCAAUGCAUGCUUCGAACCUGCAAAUCAGAUGGUUAAAUGCGAUCCCAGGCACGGAAAGUACAUGGCUUGUUGUAUGUUGUACAGAGGCGAUGUUGUCCCUAAGGAUGUGAACAACGCGAUUGCUACGAUCAAGACCAAGCGAUCCAUUCAGUUUGUGGAUUGGUGUCCCACAGGGUUCAAGGUUGGAAUCAACUAUCAGCCCCCAACAGCUGUCCCCGGGGGUGACCUCGCUAAGGUCCCGAGGGCGGUGUGCAUGCUAUCAAACACCACCGCCAUCGCUGAGGCCUGGGCUCGUCUAGAUCAUAAGUUUGAUCUUAUGUACGCGAAGAGGGCCUUCGUUCACUGGUAUGUUGGAGAGGGUAUGGAGGAGGGUGAGUUUAGCGAGGCCAGGGAGGAUUUGGCGGCCCUGGAGAAGGAUUAUGAGGAGGUUGGUAUGGACAGCCUCGAAGGCGAGGGUGAAGGAGGAGAAGAGUAUUAGAGAAUAGUCCACUGGAGACUAUCCACAACAAGCACCGUGGUCUUCAAAACAGGAAACAAGACCCAUGGUGUGGAGUGGUUUUAUCAGUUUAUUUUCUUAAAACUAUUUAUUAAUGAUUUGUCAUCUUAUAGUUUUUGUGUUGAAAAAUAAGUUGUUAGUUCUCCUUAAGUCCUUUAUGAAGUCCUGGACUAAACAGGACACUUUAAACAUUCUUUUCAUUUUGUUUAAUGUUUAAUAAAAUUUCUCCAUUAUCAUGAA